UCACAGUCAGGGCUGUGACGUCGCCGUCCUGAGGCGGAAGUGGCUGUAAGGUCUGCGGUUGUAGGCUGAAGGUGGGCUGUGCAGUGUUUAUUUGCAGAGCGGAAAAUUGACGGUUUUAUAGAGGCAACCAUGAAGACAGUGUUUGUAACUGUUGGCACCACGAGUUUUAAUGAGCUCAUUGAAAGCAUCACGUCUUCCGAGUCCGUUCAGGCUUUAAAGGCUCGAGGAUAUGAGCGUUUGGUUGUACAGGUUGGAAGAGGCUCACUUCUUCCUGCUGCUGACAGCUGUCCACACAUCAGACUGGAGGCUUUUCGAUUCAAAGACUCCCUAGCAGAAGACAUAAAGCAGGCGGACCUCAUCAUCAGCCAUGCAGGGGCAGGAAGUUGUUUGGACGCACUCAGUGCAGGAAAACCUCUGCUGGUUGUAGUCAAUGACAAGUUGAUGAACAACCACCAGCUGGAGUUGGCCAGACAGCUAAACAUGGACUCACACUCGCUGUACUGCACAUGCAGCACCCUGACAGAAACACUGAGGACCAUGGAUCUCUCUGUUCUUAAGCCCUUCGUACAUGGACAGCCGAAGCAUUUUGCAAACUUUCUAGACAAAGCUCUUGGUCUUAAGUGACGCUUUAAUUUUACAGGACUGCUGGUUUCACCCUGUUGCAGGAUAUUGCAUUACAUUGUGACUGACAUUGUUGAACAUUCGACUAUUUUCUAUUUUUGUAUACAAUAAUAAUAUAAACCUUAAUUUCA